AUGCAAAUAGAAAGCUCCGACAAUAAUGGCUAUCAUUAUGGUCCAAAAUAUGAAAAAGAUAAUCAGGAUGCUGGCGAAGAUCUCAAGACGUAUUUGCAAAAAAAGUUCAGGGAAUUGGAUUGGCCUAGAAAAACAUACGUGGAAAAAGAUGUUACUGGUGUUUGUUAUG